UCUCUCUCUCUCUGUGACUCUCUGGUUUUGCCAAAAUCUGUUUAGCAAUCAUUUCAGAUUCCAUGCUAUACCUCUUUGACUCGAUUUUAAGGAAUAAAAAAAAAAUUGAGGGUUUAUGAUUAAACAAAUCAGAGAGUGUGCUUAAACUUAAAUGGUGUGCGUCUCUGUUCUCUUCUUCAUUCAAAACCCAAAACAAUGUCUGAGAAGAUGAUUCAUCGUUUCCACAACAAUUUGAAUCAAAUCUCGCCGUCUUCUUCUCCUGCUCCUUCUCCAAUUACUUUGAAUCAAUCAAACGAUUCAUCUUCUUCCUCCGGUGGUAAUCGAAUAAGCCCCAUCGUUCUGUUCAUCAUCGUUCUCAUAUCCGUCGUCUUCUUCAUCUGCAGCGUUCUACAUUUGGUUGUGAGGUACUACUUAAAGAAGAAAAGAUCGAGCCUUUCUUCAUCACCGAACGAAUCUGAUCGAAACCCAGAAUUCCCCGACUCCGAUACUUACCAAAGACAGCUUCAGCAGCUCUUCCAUCUCCACGAUUCAGGUCUAGAUCAAGCUUUGAUCGAUGCUCUUCCCGUGUUUCUUUACAAAGAGAUCAAAGGUACGAAAGAGCCAUUCGAUUGUGCUGUGUGUCUCUGUGAGUUCUCAGAGGAUGAUAAGCUUAGAUUGCUUCCCAAUUGUAGCCACGCUUUUCACAUAGAUUGUAUCGAUACGUGGCUUCUCUCGAACUCGACUUGUCCGCUUUGUAGAGGCACCCUUUUCUCUUUAGGGCAUCAGUUUGAAUACCCUGAUUUCAAUUUCGGGUUUUUCGCCGGAGAUGAUGGAGGUACUAGGGUUUCUCCGGCUCAGAAACAGGCUGAGAAUGAGAUUGGGAAGAGAGUGUUUUCAGUUAGGCUUGGCAAGUUUAGGAGCAGUAAUAUUAACAAUGGUGAAGAGACGAGUGGUGGGUGUGUGACUAGUACUAGUAGCAAUGUGAACAGUAAUCUUGAUAACAGGAGAUGUUUCUCUAUGGGGUCUUAUCAGUACAUAGUGGCUGAAUCAGAUCUGGUUGUGGCUUUGUGUCCUAAUAAUGAAGGUUUGAAGAAUGUGAAAGAAGGAGAGAGUCAUAAUAAUAGUAAUGUGGAUGGGAAGAAGAUUAACAUGAGAAGUAAAGGUGAGAGCUUCUCUGUGUCGAAGAUUUGGCAAUGGUCUAAUAAGAGAUCAAAGUUUGCAAAUCCAUCAGAAACCAAUCUUGUGGGUACUUCUUCUUCUUCUUCUACUUAUGCUUGUUCUGGAUCUGGUACUACAGUUUCUACAGGAUUAGCUUUGAAUGGAAGGAGAUUUCAGGGUCCUUGAUGAGAAGAGUUUUUAGGUACAGAAUCAGAAGGGUAGCUUAUUUUCUGCUAUUGGAUUUAAUUGAAUCAUUGAUUCUGAGUUUUGAUUUGAAUUCAUUUUGGUUAACACGAUACUGUAGUGUUUCUUUUUGUGUCCUUUAUUGCUGAAUCUCUCUCUCUCUGUUUGUGUGUUGAGAGGAAUAAGCUUUUUGUUCUUUGAUGAUGUUAUAGUGGUACUGUUAUAUGAGAUGUUUCAAGUUCUAAU